AUGGCCACAGGUGUCGCCGAAGUAGACUCAGACGUGAGGUUUUCUGGCUCGCGGCAGUGGCCAGGCGAACGUCAUCCAACUCGAUGGGAUGUGCACGAUGCGAACGAAAGUCCAGCCAUCACCUUCCUGGACCGUUUCCGAGCUGCACUACUACACGCUGAGGGUGCAGGAGAAGGCGCUUCCCCCGACACCGACUCAAUGAUGAACAGUUCCGAGCACUUGGAGACAAACCCAGCCAGAGCGUACACAUAUCCCGUGGUCAUGCUGUCCGACAUCCCAACAGUAUUGCCGGAAGAUGAGAUCGCACGACUGCACGCGGCCUACUUCGCCUCGUUCAACCAGAUUUUCAUCGACGCUGUCGAUAUUCCCGGAACGUCUUCGAACCCGCUCCCUCCAUAUCUUCGUAUUGCGCGUGCAUGCCUGGGGUCGAUAUCAGUUCCCGCAACGAGUACGAGCGGCUAUGCCAUCGCAGAUGGGACCGAUCAAACCGAUCUUUCGGCGGGCUUGUUCGUUACUGCCGCAAGGCUGUGGACAGUAAUCAUAGAAGUCGACAAUCGCGAAGCUCGAAUGCUAGAGGCAGUAAUCGCGGCCUCACUACUCAUCACCUAUGGCGUCUUGUCCAUUGAUCGGGUGCAUUGGAGGAUAACAACUGGGAUCCUUUGCAAUGUGGUCACCAUGUUAAGGAGAUUGCACCUCACAGAUGGCUAUUCCCCGCUAUGUGCCUCUCCUGAACUACCGGAAAAGGACUUCGGCAUUAAAAGCUCUCUCGUCAGCUACCUACUACUGCUUGAUACUGUUCACGCCGUACACUAUGGCUUAGUGCCGCACUUUUCAAGGACCGAAUUGUUCAUGAAAAUGCCCUCAUCCAACCAUCAGUUCCGCACCCUGUACAACUCUCUUACGCACGGCUAUGCUUUACCGCAAGAUGUUCGAACGCGAGAAGACGGUCUCCUACUACUGACCAUGCUCCUGAGCGAUAUCAUUUAUGCACAGCGGUGCCAUCUCUCAAUACCAGGCUCCUCUACAAGCCAAGUAGACGUCAACCCUAGGUCUUCGACCGAUCGCACGCCACUGCGAAACCCUUUCGCUCCAUUGUCCUUGCAAUCAGAAUACUCUCGCUUGAGCGCUGACUUUCUGGCUGCGCUUUCUCGUUGGGAACAGCAUUUUCAUCGUUACGUUGGCAGUGAUAUUCUCGCUCUCUACUACUUUGUUAGACUCCAGCUGAUUUGCCCUGAUAUCGGAAGUCUUCCUCGUUUGGCAGGUUACGGAACCGUGCCGGCUUGCAGUGGCAGGCAAUGCAGUUCCGCAGAACGCCCUGAACAAAUCGAUAUCCCGGACAAAGCAAUGGACCUUGCGUGGCUUGUCCUCGAUCACUGUGACGGAAACUCACAAGAUCUGCAGCGAAGGAUGGUCGUCUGGAUCCCUGUCAUCUUGUUCUACUCGGCAUUGGUGGUUUGGCAGAAGCUAUAUUCACAAUCAUUCACUGAUUUGAAGUACGGCAGCUUAAAAGUACUCGGGAUGUACAAGGACGAAAUCGCAAAGAUGCCCUGGCCAUGUUGCAAGGUGAUGGCAGACACCCUUGACAGGCUCAUGAAGAGGUGA